CACCCUGUUCAUCAUUGUUCUCAAAAAAAAAAAAUCACCCUGUGCGAGUACGAAUCGGCCCAAGCUGGCUCUCCAAAUCGACAACGCUCCGUCAAGAAACUCUCCAAAUCGACAACGGUGGGAGUCGACAACAGGCAGAAGAGCGAGAAGUUUUUUCUAAAAAAACAAAAAGAAGAGCGAGAAGCUAGCGGCGGCGGAUUUGGGGACAUGUCACAACCGGACACAGCACACACGGCGGAGGAGCAGAAUAUGGAGCGGUUAUUGGAGGAGCCUGCAGAACCAGCGCUCACAUGGGAGGACCCAGAGCUCACGGCACAGGAGAAGGUGCUGCACGGUCUCCACCUUGUUGAAUUUUUUGCGGGCAACAUCACUGAGUACGACCCUAAGCGUGAAGAUUUCAUUUAUACCCGCUUCUGCAGCUUCAACUUAGCCUUCUUCGACCUCAAUGAAGAAUCUACGGCUAUGCAUGGGCCGCCGUUGGAGGAGCUACUCAUGUCCGAGAUGCAUCUAAUGCCGAGCUCAUCGGUUAAUAUCAUUUCGUUGAAGAUAAUUGAAUCGGAUGUGGGCUACCCGGUCGACGUGUUUGGAACUGUUAUUGCAAGGGAUGAGGUCGACUACAAGUGUGUCUAUCUCUUCCGUCGUGGAAGGAAUGAUUCCCAACGCAUCUGUUCGCCGGAGGACAUGUUAACUUUGACAGUUCCACGUCGAGGGUUUGGUGUAACAGACACAAUGAUUUUUGAGAUAAACCUAAAGAUCAGGGGUGACACAUCUGUCGAUGACAAAGAUUUUAGUAAAGGUGUAAUUGAACACUGUUCUGUCCAACAUUUUACAAGCAUGCGACCCGUGGCUCACCUCCUAACUAGCUGGCGGAGCACGGUGGAAUUGUUGUGCUCGCAAGUUGCAUGGCCCGUGGGAGCGACCAUUAAAGUCAAUAUUAUGAAUGGACCGUGUGAUGUCCCUUUCAACGGCAAAAUAUCUGCUUGGACUGUUGGAAAUGUUCAUCAUCACAUCAUUCUAUACGAAUACAAUGGUAGAACUGGAACGUGCAGUCCGGCAUUAAUUGAACACGAUGGCUCUAUUGUGUUAGCCCGGAGUUUCGUAGCUGUUCCCGUACCAUCGUUGGAUAACAUGCAUCAUUUACAAGAAGAUGAAGAGGAAGAAGAAGAUAUUGUUCUCUAUGUUUGUUUCAUUAGUGGCAGUAACGAGGAUGAACGCACGAUUGUCACGCUACGAUUCCCUGAAGAGGAGACGGUUUGCAACAACGGUUACUAUGAGCUGCGGGUGAAGGUUUCUUGGACAACUAUCUAUUACAAUAUAUAUUAAAUUGGAAUCGGUGGUGAUGGGUGGGCGCCGUUGGUCAUCCAAUCGAAAAACCAAUGUCCAGAUUUCGUCUCCACCGGCUCGUGCUUGAUACACUUUCCGUUGUUCCGUAGCAUCGCACGGGUUUUUUUGCUAGUCCUUGAUAGUUUGCCAAGGAGCGGUAGGUCUAUUCUGGAAAGGUUCAAUUGUGUGCCAAAACGACCACGAGGGCCAAUGAUUCCACUGUAUGGUUUCAGCAAUUUCAA